AGACAGUUGUGAAGUUUUCAAAGUCUCGCUCUGCUGUGCAGAAUUUGUGCUCAAAACUGAGGAACUAAGCCACUUGCCAAAAUGUGCAAAGGACUUGCGGCUUUGCCCCAUUCAUGCCUAGAAAGGGCCAAGGAGAUUAAGAUCAAGUUGGGAAUUCUCCUCCAGAAGCCAGACUCAGCGGUCGACCUUGUCAUUCCAUACAAUGAGAAGCCGGAGAAACCAGCCAAGACCCAGAAACCCUCACUGGAUGAGUCCCUGCAGUGGCGUGACUCCUUGGACAAGCUCCUGCAGAACAACUAUGGACUUGCCAGCUUCAGAAGUUUCCUGAAGUCUGAAUUCAGCGAGGAAAACCUUGAGUUCUGGCUUGCCUGUGAGGACUACAAGAAGAUCAAGUCCCCUGCCAAGAUGGUUGAGAAGGCAAAGAAAAUUUAUGAAGAAUUCAUCCAAACAGGGGCUCCUAAAGAGGUGAAUAUUGAUCACUUCACAAAGGACAUCACCAUGAAGAACCUGGUGGAACCUUCCCUGAGCAGCUUUGAUGUGGCCCAGAAGAGAAUUUAUGCCCUGAUGGAAAAGGAUUCACUGCCUCGCUUUGUGCGCUCUGAGUUUCACCAGGAAUUAAUCAAGUAGUAAUUCAGUUGGGCUAUAAGAAUCACCCUGUGAGUUACUUCUUUAAUAAUGCUACAUUUUCCAGCAACCUGCAUACUUUCCCAUAGCAGCUUUGUUCAAAGAUACCCAAACAGGGAAAAAUCCCAGGGAGUGUUGCUUACUUCUUGUGCACUUUGUUUUGGAUGUUUAUAUUGUCUGAAUGCCUUCCUUUCCCGGGGUUCUUCUUCAUGUCCCAUUCUUAAUUAAGUUCUAUUCAGUGUGUUCUUGUCAAAGCUAAUCAGAAUCACAGAAAAAUUCUGCUGAAGACAAGCAAAUAUAAGACAAGAAUAUGAUAUCAUUGAAUGUGGGUCCAUUUGGUUUGGGUAAUGAAUCUCCACCUAAACUGGUCUGAAAAGAAUGUGGAUGUAGAAAGACCAAUUUCAAGUGAGAUUAAUUGAUCUCAUUUGUUGUUUUAAUUCUGAUCCAGGGGCAAUCACCCCUCUAUUUCCGACUCUGGUUAGUAAAAGAUAAAAUGAAUUUUAUGAGGCAGCCAUUAUUGAUUUUUUAAAGCAAAUACAUUAUGUAAAAUAUCAAUUUUCCCUCUAGAGCAUCUUUAUGUUGGCUGGAGAUCAUUAACAAGAGAUAUAAUCAUGAAUGUUACAAAAUAGAUCUGAACACAAUCCAUAUUGAUUCUUUCCUUAUACCUCUCUCAUACUCCCCUCUACCAAGUUACCAUAUUCUGUAUUAAAUCAAUGACCUGGCAAUGGAGUAUUUAAUAAAUGUAUAUAUGCCUCUAGUGUUUAGGCCCAAUGUUUCAAUUUUCAAAUUAUUUUAAAUCCACGUGAGUAGAAAAUUCCAAAAUUUUCAACUCCAAUCAUGUCAAAUAAAACAGAUGCUGUCCAGCACAACGUCCCUUACCUCAAUAUCA